AUGGAUUCUCAAAUGUGUAGGUGCUGCAAAAUGUUUUUCGGCAGCCAAGACGGAAUGUGCUCCAAGUGUUUUAAACUAGAAACCCUCAAAAAGGAAGCAGAUAAGGCCUUACCAGAACUAAUUUCAAGCAGCCAAGCACUUCCUGAAGAAAAUAAAAUAGAGGCACCUGAACCUUUAUAUGAAUCUGAUCGAUGCUGGACUUGUAAGAAAAGAGUAGGGCCUCUGAUUUUCAAAUGCAAAUGCAAUUAUCCUUUUUGUGCUAACUCCCUCAUUUUAUUUAACGAUUUCAUUGAAAACUGCUUUAAUUUGAUAAUUAAUCAUUGGUAUAAAAAAAUUUUCACAUGGCCAAUCAUAAAAUCAGAUCUCAUAUCCCAUCUAAAAUCUAGUUAUCUAUAUUAAAUAAAGAGAUAUUGCAGUCUAAUCACCUAUAAGCUAUUAUAACGCAAUUUCAGGUAUUUUUGGUAAUAUACUGCAUACCCUAUCUAUCAUCGCUAGCGCAUAAAACUUUUUGCAAUUAAUAAAAAAAUGUAUAUAUAAUUUUUUUUGAAAUUCAAUCCUUGUUUGAGCAAUGAGAUCAGGACGAUCAAGGAUGGGGGAGUAAGCAUAGGGUUCCUGAGGCACAUGGAUGUACAUUUGAUCAUCGAAGUCAUGGAAUUAGAAAGCUUUCUGAAGAUAACCCUCAAGUUGUGGCUGAGAAGUUUAACAAACUCUUAUAG